GUUUUCUCCAAACCCCAAGAAAGAGCAGGACAAGAGAGAGAAAACAAAGCCAAACACCAAUACCAACACCAAAACGCAUAUGUUUUUGAGGGACACACCCACCUACCCACACGAGUGGUUUUCGAGUUGCAUGAAAUGCAACACUCCCCAACAAGAGAGAGAGAGAGAGAGAGAGAGGAGAGAGGAGAGAGCGACGCUGAUUGGUUGCUAUAAACACCAUAUUGGUGGUGUUGUAGAGGAGUAUUAACUGUAGAGAGAUCAGUUUCAAAAUAAGGACCCUAACCUCAUUUCUCCAUGCUCUCCCCGUAUAAACAAACAAACAAACGCAUAGUUUUUAUGGAGAGUGAGGAAGGGAGAGAGUGAGAAUCGUGCGGGUUCUUCUCUUCUUUUUGGUAAUGGUUAUUACUGACUUUUCUUUUCUCAUCCAACAGUGAAAUCCCAUUACGUUUCCUGUUCCCUUUUCCUUAUAAAUCAACUGCAUCUGUUUAAUCUGAUUCUUCUCUGCCCAAAAUAGAAAAAGAACUGAUGAUUUCUCUCUUGCUAACUAACCCUUUGAGAUGGGCAAGAGGGGGAGUAGCUAACAUGGAACUGCAUUUCAGUUUCCUUUGCCUCUGAUCACUCUUCUCCUCUGAUAUCUCUCUCUUUCCAAAACCAAGCAGAGGAGGAGAGAAAGAAAGCCGCUUCCUUUCUCCUUCUAUCAACUUCGAUAUCUGACCUUUAUUGUUCUCCCUUAUAAAGCAUUGUAGAAAAGGAACCCGUUUUGGGUCUACCUGGUUUAGUUUUGGUCAGAAUGAGUCUACAACACCUAAUGAGUGACAGAUAUGUUUUCAACGGGUAUCAAGACAUGAACUUUUUGCCUCCACCUCCACCUCCUCCUCCUGCUUCUCAUCUUUCUCUCUCUCAUGCAUUUGGGGUUAAGGGUCAACCAGGUGAGACAGGGACUAGCAAUCCUCAAAUGGGGUUUCAGAUUUUGAGCCAUCCAAUGGGCCAGGACAGGAAACCACGGAGCAUUCAACAGCUUGAAAGCAGGGGAGCUGAUAUGAGUGAUGUGGACUUUGGCGUUCAAAAAAAGAGCUUGUCUUUGAAUCCAGGUGAGGAAGAGGAGCUUAAAACCUCUGCUCUUGGUAGAAAUGGGCAUACAAAGCUUUGUGCUAGAGGUCAUUGGAGACCAGCUGAAGAUGCUAAGCUAAAAGAGCUCGUGGCUCAAUAUGGUCCUCAAAAUUGGAACUUGAUUGCAGAGAAUCUUGAAGGAAGAUCAGGUAAGAGCUGUAGAUUAAGGUGGUUUAACCAACUGGAUCCAGGAAUUAACAGGAAGGCAUUCACUGAAGAGGAAGAGGAGAGACUUCUAGCUGCUCAUAGACUUUAUGGCAACAAAUGGGCUAUGAUUUCUAGGCUAUUUCCUGGUAGGACUGAUAAUGCAGUUAAGAACCAUUGGCAUGUGAUCAUGGCCAGGAAACAUAGAGAAAACUCCAGCGUUUACAGGAGGAGAAAGCCCACUUCUUCCUCUCAAAUCCUCCCUAAAGGAUCAUUAAAUGUCACUUUGCAAAACAAUGCUUGCAGUGAAUCAACAACCAUCACUAGCACUAUCGAGGAGUCUGGCUCAACAUGCACCGAUCUCUCUCUCACCCCCUCUUCGACCAAAGUACCUGCUAGACUUUUCACCAGGUUCAGUCCUCAAGGUUCCCAAAGGGGUUUAUCGGCAGAGAAGGAAGCGACUGUGGGAAAUGUGGAUUUCGACGAGUUCUAUGGCAGUAGCAAUGGGUUUUAUCAAAAUGGGCCUAUGAUGGUGGUUACGCGUGUGGACCAAUCUGGUCAGUCGGAUUCAAACUCAGAAGAUUCUGCAACUGGGUCGGUUGUCACCAACAGGGCCAAUCUCUGUGAAAAUAGGAACGAGAGAAUCAACAUGCCCUUCAUAGACUUUCUUGGAGUAGGAGCUACAUAAGAUAAGUUGGGUUUUAGGUAAAAUUAAAGAAAGAAAAGCUGGUUAAAAGAGAAGAAAAGUGGGUUUCAGGUGUUAUUGACAAUGUUUUAAGCACAGUAAAAGUUCCUUAAGUGGAAAAGAAAGAGAACAACAAUGAGGUAAAAAAAAAACAGGGGAGAGAGAGAGUAAUGAGUAGCUAAGAGUUGCAAAACAAAUAAUAAUCCUAAAAAAGCUUGUAGUUUUGGAGUUAUCUAGCAAAAGCAGCAGCAGAGGCAAAGUUAUUUCUCCUCACAGUCAUGCUUCAUGGCCAAAUCUUGCAUGUGUAUGAUGCCGAUGGCCGUAAAAGUUUCUCCUCUGACCACUGUGCACUGACUCAUGAUGAAUGAACCUGCCAUCUUUAAUGGCUUUUCAA